GUCACUUUCUCCCUGUUGUUCUCUAAGCUCGAUUGACGUGGUUGGCAGAAUAAAGAUCAGAGUGAGAGCUCCCUGCUGCUUCUCCUCAGAGACGUGACUCACCUGCAGUCAUCCAGCCGGCCAGGAAACAACCGAAUUUCUUGAGCAGCAGCAGCAGCAGCUGAGCCUGAAGGAUCUUCGGCCAUGGAUAAAUUAAAAUCGGUGCUGAGCGGUGAGGAGGCGCGCAGAGACGACAGGACCGUGUUAGAGGCCGUCAAUGAAGCCUCCACCUUGGGAUGGGGCACACGUGUGAAGGGCUUCGUCGCGUGCUUCGUGGUGGGGGCCGCGUGCACAGUUCUGGGGGUGUGCAUGCUCUUCCUCCCCAGGAUUGGACUCACUCUCUUCAUUGUGUUUUACACUUUUGGAAACAUAUGUGCUCUGGGCAGCACCAUGUUUCUGUUGGGGCCGCUGAAGCAGCUGAAGAGGAUGUGUGACAAAACAAGAGCGCUGGCGACGACAAUAAUGAUCACGUGCCUUGUGUUGACUCUCUGUGCAGCCUUCUGGUGGAAGAACUUCGGCCUUGCUUUGCUAUUCGUUAUCCUGCAAGUCUUGUCGUUUAGCUGGUACAGUCUGUCAUACAUCCCGUUUGUGAGGGAGGCCAUACUGAAGCUGGUGUCGGUCUGUAUAAAGUGAGGCCCGUCUGUGUGGAGCGCCUGAAGCUGGACGAAGGGUUUUCAAAAAGAAGCAGAUCUCUUACUGAAGUUACUGAAACAGCCUCCUCGUGAUUUUACGUCAGGAGUCUGUGACUCUUCCUGCUGCACACACUCACAUGUUUUAUCUGCUUUUAUCUCCCUUUUCUCCUUAAUGCUUCAUUCAUUGAGCUGAUUGAUUUUUAUGUAUGGAUUACUUCUUAUACCAGUUUUAAUCAGCGGGGACUUUGUUAAUAUGUGUAAAUAUUUGUAAUAAAUUAAAGUGUUGCUUACAUAAUUAACA